AUGAAGUGUUGGUAUAUAAGGAAAAGUAAUGGAGAUGAGAAGGAAUGUGGAGUACUGAAGAAGGCUGGUUCGUUUUAUAUUCUACUGAGUGGGUUAGGGCGUGUGAUAGACCGAGUUUAUCCAACUAGGAGUUCUGAAGUCUUAGAAGGACCGCUUUACCGGGCUACUACGGGUUGUGAGUCCCUAUUAGACCAAGUUAGUUCGGUGAUUAAAGAACUAGGACGGCCGGUUGCUGUGGGAGGUAGUGGGUCUUAUCGUCGUCGACCUAAAGUUGGACCGGCGCCGGAAGGCUCUUUAGUCUUAGCACCUCGGGCGUACAUUGAGCCGGUGCAUUUGAAGUACUUUAAGGACUACCAGAUAGAGGGAGUGCGUUUUAUGUUUGAGCGGCUGCGCAGUUCAGCUGGAGCCGUGCUUGCUGAUGAAAUGGGCUUAGGAAAGACGUUUCAAGCCAUUGCGAUCGUUAGAAUCUUUUGUAAAGUUGGUGAUAGUGUACUGAUUGUAGCACCUUGCUCUUUAGUAGGUGUCUGGGAGAGAGAGUUAAGAAAGUGGGCCAAUUUACUUAGUGUGUUUAAUGGGAUUGAUAAGCAUCCAAAGAAGUACUCAGGACGAGAAGAGAUUCUACUGUUGAGCUAUGAACGGCUAGCUACUUGGAAGGAGGCCACUAAACAUAAAUUCUCAUUGGUGGUCUGUGAUGAGGCACAUCGACUGCGAACAGGUACUUCCCAGGCCAUUGCCGCCUUAAAGAAGUUAGAGGGCAAACGCCUCUUACUAACUGGAACGCCAUUUCAGAACAGUUUAAUGGAGUAUAAGACACUUUUAGCCCUAGUGGAUGCUCGGGCUGAGAGUGCUAAAGGCGCGGCUGAGUUAUCUAAUAUUGCCGGGGAAGCUAUUCUUAGGCGUAAGAUUGAGCGGACUAGUUUAAGUCUUCCUCAGAAAGACGAAAUGAUUUGGCUGGUCAGGAACAACCAGUAUGAGGAGACAGAGAGACUGUACAACUCCUUUGAAAGAUCGCUGGGUAUUCAGACCUUGCAAAAACUCCGUGGAGAGGUUAGUCGGUCACCAAGCAAGUGGCAGCUCUUUUACUCUUUAGCCCGAAGUAUUCUCGUGCAAGGCCAUUCUUUAGUGAUCAUUUCUCGGUUUAUUGAUUCGGUGGACCAGGCUAAAGCUGUGGUUUUGCGCUUAGCCGCUGAGCGAGAUGUGCCUAUUAAGGCUAACGACUUGUCGGUCUUUCAUGGCGAGAUGCCAGUUAUUGAGCGGGAGAGGUCUUUAGCUGGAUUUCAAAGUACGGGCCAGAAGGUGAUUAUUCUAUCAGCUAAGUGUGGAGCAGAAGGACUAACUCUAGUUAAGGCCACGCGAAUGAUUAUUCUGGACUCAGACUGGAACCCAGCGAAUGAUCUGCAGGCUAUGGCUCGAAUUUGGCGACUGGGACAGACUCAGCCAGUGGUUAUUCACCGACUGUUCUUAAUGGGCACGGUUGAGGAGCACGUUCUUCUAGUGCAACUCAAGAAACUGGUGCUGCAGAAGAGUUUAGAGGGUGAAGGUGAGGACGAACUGGCUGAAUCGGAAAUAUCAAGUGUCUUUGUAGCGCGGGAAGACUCGGUGGUUCAUGACUGGUUAGGAUGUCAGUGCCAACCAGAGCAGCCUAAUAUGCAGGGUAGUGAUGGGUACAACCAUCUGCACACAGAUGCCGGUCUAAUUCUCCACAAACGGGUCAACGGCGAACCCGAUGCUCCUUCGUUUGCGCUGUGUGCGGAUAUCCCGCAGUAA